AUGAUAGCGAAACUACUGUAUUUCGUGCUGAAAUCUUCACUUUUCAUAGUGAAUGCAACACUGGUCAGUGUGAUUUUGAUUGGUUGUGCUGAUGGUAAGAAGAACAAAAACGAUACGCAUUCACCACCGCCGACGGCCGACAUUACAACUAAGAAAUCAGUCAAUCAGAAUAGUACGACGAGCACUGAAUUGGAACCACCAAAACAAGCGCCCAGCUGUUCAACGUCAACUCCAUCGCAACCAACAUCACAGUCAGUUUCAAAAGCGAAAACGCCGGAUCGACCUGAUGAAAUCAAAAAUGAAAAACCGAAAAAAUCGGAGAUGAAAUUGGACAAAACACAACGAAUGGCAUCGAAAGAAUCACUGAGACCACCACCACGAACAAUACGAAAUGCUCCAGGGAAGAAAGUGACAAGUAAAGAAGCACAGAAGACGAUGAAAGAUGUCAAAGAGUUUUCGGCACGGGAAGGACCGAUUCUAGACGAAAAAUCGGCAAAUCAACAGGAUUUUGAUGAUUAUUUGAACAAUUUGGGAGAGAAUAAGACAUAA